AUACAAAAGUUGCGAAAAGUCGCUCAGCGCUCUAUUCACUCGACGUCGUUCAAGUGCACAACAACUCUUACUUAAACCAUUUAAUUUACUAACAUAAUUUAAUUAAUAUUAUAUUGAUAUUUGUUUGAGAAUUAAAUUAAAUUAAAUUAAAUUAAAUUGAAUUUUAGAAGCGUUUUAUUUGUUUUAAUCUCAAUAGAAGAGUGUUAAUUUGUGGUGCGGGUUGGUUUGCAACAUUUAACGCUAACUUCAGUUUAGGGCAAGUUAAGGAAUGGGCAAAAUGUUGCCUAGGACUAGAAAGUUUCGUUAUGUCGCGUAUGUAAAGUGCGCGAUUUUGGUGAGCGUGACAUUCCUCUAUGCAGGCGCCGCUAUUUUCACCACCAAGGCGGCGCAGGGGUUUACUUCUUCGGCAGGUCAUCUACCACAGACUGAACAUUUCAUAACACAUAAUUCACGUCAUUUGUUAGCGCUGAACAUAAGUGAUAUACCAUCGAAUACUAAUACCACACCAACACUGGACAUUAAUACAACCACAGCGCAACCAGCAGGACUCUUGCUGGAAAAUUGCACUCCAGCUGCGCUAAAUGAAUUUCCCAACGACGGUUUCACCCGAGAGCAAAGGCAACACGGCUGGGCGAUUCUACACGCUCUGCUUGCUUGCUAUCUAUUUGUUCUGCUCGCCAUCGUCUGCGAUGAUUACUUUGUGCCUGCCAUUAAAAAACUAUGUGAUAGUCUGCAAAUGAAAGAAGAUAUCGCCGGUGCUACAUUCAUGGCGACCGCCAGUUCCAGUCCUGAAUUAUUCAUCAAUUGCGUGGGGACAUUCAUCACCGAAGGGGAUCUUGGUGUAGGUACCAUUGUCGGAUCAGCUGUGUUCAAUGUAUUGGCCGUGCCGGCGUGUUGUGGACUAUUCGCUAAUAUGGUCCUGCAAUUAGACUGGUGGCCUAUCACAAGAGACUCGCUUGUUUAUGGUGUUGCGGUUGUUAUGCUAAUUGGAGUUUUGGAUGAUUCAAGGGUUGAGUUAUGGGAAGCCAUUAUGUUGGUGUCUACGUAUUUAUUAUAUAUUUUAUUAAUGGUAUUCAAUGAUCAAGUAAUCAGCGCUAUCAACCGCAUGGUGCGCUGUUGUCGCCGCCGUAAACACAACACCUAUCAAGAAGUCCUCGGAGAAACAAAACCCCUCCUAUCAUCCGAACAAGAUCUAAAGAAGAACGGAGCUAUUCCAGAAAUUAACAACGGAAACGUCGAAAACGCUCAUCAAGUAUUCGAUACCGAAUUAACUCUGAAAGACUGCGAAGAUUUAGAAGAAUCUACGAAGAUUUGGGAAUGGCCCUCAGAUCACACUGUAGGUGGUAAAAUGUUUUGGUGUGUCACAUGGCCCAUAUCCUUCGUACUCUAUAUGACUACACCUGAUUGUCGUAAAUUUCCAAAACUAUACGUUAUUACCUUUUUAAUGUGUAUCUUUUGGAUCGGUACUACUUCUUAUAUGGUCGCAUGGUUAAUCACUGUAGUUGGUGAUACUUUGAAUAUUCCCGAUUCUGUGAUGGGUUUAACCUUCUUGGCUGCUGGGACAAGUGUACCGGAAGCUGUUUCCAGUGUAAUCGUAACCAAUCAAGGUCAUGGUGGAAUGGGUCUUAGCAGUUCAAUAGGCUCCAACACUUUUGACAUCCUCCUCUGCCUGGGCCUUCCCUGGCUAGUAAAAACAUGGUUCUACCCCAAAAUACCACACACCCACUCAAUAAUCAUCAACUCUUCUGGGUUAACCUACAGCGCCAUCUCUCUCCUCACCACACUGGUGAUGUUCUACCUGAGUUUGCUUUUCAAUCGAUUUAAAUUGGAUUGGAAAGUAGGCCUCACGUGUCUUGUAAUGUACGGAAUGUUCCUAACAACAGCGUCGCUCAUCGAACUGAACGUGUUCUUCCCAGUGAACUUGCCAACCUGCGACAGAUGAUAACAGCCAUCCGGAACUUCUUCUUACUUAUUCAUACGUUUAAUUUAAUUUAAUUACCCAGGCGCUGCAUACGUGCAUAUAAUAUUUGUGAUGCCGCGCGCAAUUUCUAUUGUACACGAGUACGAAAGUAUUUUUAGUCUUAUUGUGUGUGCCAAAAAUGAUUAAUUAUUAAGAUGUGUUGUGUUAUUUUAUUUAUGUCGGUGUAACGUGUAGCGUAGUUAUUUGUAAUUGAUAGGUGCAAGUCUGAAGAGGAAAGAAUAAAGAAAUGACGUGCAGACAUCA